CCCCCUCGGCCCGGUGUCACCGGGACGGUCCCGGGACGGUCCCGGGAUGUUCCCGUGCCCUGCGGCCCCCAGCCCCCGCUGCCACCGUCCCCGCCGCGCUCCCCCGUGUCCCCGCGCUGCCCCGGUCACCGCUGCCAGGAGCGGGCAGGGCUCGGCGCGUCCCGCCGCCUCCCGGUGCCGAUCGCGUUUCGCCCGUGAUCAAUUAUAGAUGGGGACACGCGGCGGGGGGAGCGCGGAGCUCCAGCGCCUCCUCUGCCCCACGCGGGGGUGUCCCAGCCCUGGGGGUCCCAAGUGGGCCAGGGGCAGCGGGGGCUGUGGCGGGGGGCUCGGGAUGGCUUUUGGGGGUGAGCGGAGGAGCCGCCCCCGCGCUGCCCCCGCCCGGGCCCGGGCUCAGAUUCCUUUUGUGCCGUGCAAGCGGCCGCUGAAACUUUAAUGAAGCCACCGGAUCGCCGGGUCGCCCGUUCGUCCCGCCCCGCUGCCCGCGGCUCCGCCGGCUGCGGCCCCCCGAGCCCCGCCAUGGCCCAGGGCUUCUGGCGGCUCUACAAGGCCAAGGUGCUGCAGAGCCUGGGGGGGCCGCGGCCCGACGGGGCCCUGCAGGACGAGGGAGAGCCCCCCGAGCUGAUGGAGACGGCCGAGCCCCCAGCGCUGCUGGAGGAGGGAGCCAGCCCCGUGUCGCAGCUGGCCCGGAAGGUGCAGGGGGUGGGUGCCCGCGGCUGGCGGACGCUUUCGUCCCUCUUCAGCCGCGAGGACGAGCACCAGCUGCUCAGCCCGGAGCCCUGCCCAGACCACCCUCUGGCCACCGAGCCGGCCGAGGUGCCCCACACCGAGAAGGCUCCCGGCUUUUGGGAUCUCUUUGCAUCCAAGUGGCAGCAGGCGCCGGGGCCGGACAAGGGGGGGCCCCCCCCGGAGCCGGCCGAGAGCCCGGGGGAGCCGCCGGGUGACGACGGCAGCGACCUGCGGGAGCCGGAGGAAGGAGCCUUCCACUGGGGCUUCCUGGCCGGCAAGCUGGCCGAAAUCCGGAAUAAAAACGCCCCCAAGGGCAACUAGAGGAGGGUGCAGCG